AGUGCUUCUCAAGGCUGGAUGGAGAAGUUUGGAAAGCGUCAUUGCAUUAAAAUGAAUCGAAUUCAUGGUGAGGCUGAUUCUACUGAUAUAAAAUUGCUUCAGAUUGACAAGGCUGCCAUCAAAGAGAAGAUAGAGAGAUAUAGUGCUUGUGACAUAUAUAACUUUGAUGAAACAGCACUCUUUUAUGCUGCCCCACCAAGAACAACAAUUUCUCACCAGAAAUUUUCUGGUUGGAAAGAUAACAAGAAGUAUCUGACUGUAGGUUUCUUGUGUAAUGCGGAUGGAACAGACAAGUGGUCCAAUAUACUGAUGAUUGGGCAUGCAAGAAGACCAAACUGCUUCAACAAGAACAACAAGAAGCAAAAAGCAAGUGAUCAUGGAUUCUCCAUGUAUCAUUACAAUAGCAAUGCCUGGAUGACACGAUCAAUCUUCCAUGUUUUCCUCCGUCGCUUUGAUCAUUCAAUGAAAGCACAAAACCGCAAAGUGCUUUUGAUCCUCCAUAAUUUCUAUGGCCAUAUAGUAGAUUAUGCGCCUACAAAUGUUGAGCUUCUUUUUCUGCCUCCAAACACUACGUCCCACCUUCAGCUAUUGAAUGGUAGUAUUAUUUGGGCAUUCAAGACUUAUUUC